GACAGAUAUUAAAAUCAGCCGCUUUAUGUUAUUUAGCCGAAUCUGAUUUUGAACCAAAAAAUCCUAACCACACAAAGACAGAGUCAGUAAGAGGCUGAAUUGAAGCAUAGUAUUUUCUUUACUCUGUGCAAUAAUUUACUGUCAUCAGCCGCCAACCUGUUUAUUGACAGGCGAGGUGAAUAACUUGGAGUUGCUAUAGAGUUUAGGAUGAGUGUUGAAGGCGUCUUCAACUAUCUAAUUUUCGACAAUCCAUUGAGUAAGGUUGCAGUUGACUGUGUCCAAAAAGGGAGCUCAUUAUUUGGACUGACCAAGACUACGGCUACCAAAGCAACACAGAAAGGCGCCAACAUGGCAAGUUCAGCCGCUGCUUCCUCCCUGUCAAAGAUGGCAAAGAGCUGCGGCCCUUUCAUCAGGGUUGGAGGUCUCUCGGGGGCCAUUUGUGUUGGACUUGGUGCUUACGGAUCACAUUCCUUGUUGCUGAGGAAAGAUGUAUCUGAUGAAAGGAAGAGGGCAUUCAACACCGCAAACAGUUACCAUUUCAUUCAUAGCCUGGCACUGCUUGCUAUUCCCCUCUGCAGGAAACCUCUCAUUAGCGGAACAUUGAUGAUAUCUGGAAUUGCCCUGUUUUGCGGACCUUGCUACCAUUUUGCCCUGACUGGCAACACAAAUAUUAAACCAGUCACCCCUUAUGGGGGGAUGCUGCUGAUCGUAGCGUGGCUGUCACUGUGUCUUUAAGUCAACAAUGCACCCACGCUGCGAUGUAGUGCUUCCUGUUUCCCAUCGUCAGUUUCAUAUUGUUUAAUUGGUUUAAUCAUUAUAUUUAUUUGUUAAGACAAAUAAACAACUAUUUGCGUAG